CUUCCUACUGGCCUCGCGCCCCUCCACAUCACAAGCACACCGCCAGGCGCCAAGCCUGCCUGCUCCGUUGCCUGGCCAUCUCCGUCCCUCCCCUCCGCCUCGCGGAAACCGGCAACCAUGGCCAACUCCUGCCUCUCCACCGCCGCGCGAGCGGCGCUGCGCCUUCCCUGUCCCAAGUUUUCGGGCGACGCCGCGGGGGCGCAGCUCCAGCUCCAGGUCCAGUACGCGUCCGUGUUCCCGCGCCCGGCGCGCGCGCACCACCGGGUCGUCGCCGACCACGUCGCCGCGCCCGCGGUCCCCGUGGCGCGGAGGCGCUUGCUCGCGGUCACCGGGAUGGUGUCGCAGGAGGAGGCCGCGGCCACGGCUGUCGAGGAGGAGGAGGAGGAGGAGGUCGCGGAGGGACAGUUGCUAGAGCAAGACGAGGUCGCGGAACAAGAGCAGGAACAGGAGCAAGAUGGGGUCGUCGAGGCUAGCUCGGACGACGGUAGCGCGUCGGAGGCGGCGAGCACCACCACCACCAAGCUCUACUUCGGGAACCUGCCGUACAACUGCGACAGCGCGCAGCUUGCCGGCAUUGUGCAGGAGUACGCCAGCCCGGAGAUGGUCGAGGUGUUGUACGAUCGCACCACGGGAAGAAGCCGAGGGUUCGCCUUCGUGACAAUGACCACAGUUCAAGACUGCGAGCUAGUCAUCAAGAACCUCGACGGCAGUCUGUACGGUGGCCGGACGAUGAAGGUAAACUUCGCUGACAGGCCGAAACCAAAGCUGCCGCUGUACCCGGAGACGGACCACAAGCUCUUCGUCGGCAAUCUGUCCUGGACUGUCACCUCGGAGAUGCUCACGGAGGCGUUCCAGCGGUGUGGCAAUGUGGUCGGCGCGAGGGUGCUCUACGACGGUGAGACCGGCCGGUCCCGGGGCUAUGGUUUCGUCUGCUACUCCACCAAGGAGGAGAUGGACGAGGCUCUUUCCUCGCUCAACGGAAUGGAAAUGGAAGGCAGGGAGAUCAGGGUCAACUUGGCCCUUGGAAAGAAGUAACAGAGUUGAAAUAGGGAGGAAGUUCUUUUAAAAAAAGAGAGAUAGGAAGUUGCAGUUGACAUGUGAUGCCUCCUUGCAAUGCAAAGUGUGAAAUGCGACCAAGACGGCGACGCUUACUUACCGGAGCACUGCAGGAGCAGGGGAAGGAAAACAGAAAUAUUUCUGAUGUAGUAUAGCAUGAAAAAUUUGUUGCGAUCUGGUGUAUAUUUAGCAAAGACGGUUCAUACAUUAUGAAUUGUGAUUCUGACAGUUUUGAGGUGCUGGUUACUAUUGGGCAUUGGUACAUAGUUCCAUCCUCUUGGAACCAGUUUUUUUUUU